UUCAAAUUCAUUUGCCACCGUUAUACCGCUAUAUAAACACGUAGUCUUCCCUCGAUUUUGGACGAGAUCCCCAAGAACUCACUUCAGAACUCUCUAACACUCGAUUACUUACUCGGUAUGACCACCCCUAUGUCCCCUCCUACAUCCACUCCUCGCAAGCCCAGCAGUGCACCCAGAUCGCAUUCAGUUCCUCCUCCUGUUGAAAAGCAACUAGAACUAAUCAAUCUCCUCAGGAUGGAGAUUGGAGACCAGAAAUGGCAGUUCGAUGCAGGGCGUGUGGCACACAUGCUUUCUCCAAAGAAACUAAAACCAGAAAGUCCUUGGUCCCAUGAGAAUAGUGGAUACACAGCUGAUCCUCUCGACCUGCCAUCGACCGAUGAUUUCCAUUAUCUUAUCGAUGAUUUGGAUGUUCAGGCUGCCUUCAAGACCCGUUUCAGCAAACACAAAUUCGAUUACCAUUCACCUUCAUCGAUUGGCGAACGUUCACACUACGACCCUCUCGUUUACUUUCUGAAUGAAUGUGUUGCAAUUGGUAAUCAGGUGUACAUGGAUGUCUUCAUUGAUCGUAAAAAGGCCUCGCAUCAUUCUCGAUUUCCCAUUGUAGAUAUCAAGGAUAGGUGGUGGCCCCAUCUAACAUUCCAUACAUAUGACAGGCCCACAGGUGAUGGUAUUGGUAAUGCUUCGCCGCUCAAACCUGACCUUGUCGGGGUUGACUCGGAGAGUGCACCUAUUCUCUGUUUCUGGAAACUUACGUCUGAUGUUGGGAAGGCUGACAAUCUGAAAGCUGAAAUUGCUAUUGCCACUGAAGCAAAAGAUAACUGGCCGGAGAUGAUCUGGCAGAGUGCUACUUAUGGUCGAGCCGAAAUGGCAACUAUCCCUCUGCGUGCAUUUUCACUUGUCAUCGCAUUCAAUUCAAAGAGCCAGAUGUUGCGGUUUCUCAUCUUUCACCAUGGUGGUAUUUCGGCAACGAAGGAAUUAUCAGUGAAAGAUCGACUGUGUUGCAAAGAUAUUUGCCUUGUUAUGUUGUCCAUUCUCUUAUGGCAAUCACCGACAGAUGCUGGUAUUCCACCCUUCACUAAUGGCAUUAAUUUUCUCUUACCGCCGCUUGUUGAUCGCGAUGAGUCCAAGGGAGGGCAUGGCAAGAUUACUAAUGUUCUGCAUCAUGCCCUUUCUGUUCGUGGUCGGAGCACAUGGAUUGCCUCGAUCAAGUUUAAUAGUUCCUCGUCUACAAUCUCUUCUGUCCCACAACACUCAGAGCAUUUUGCUCGAAAGCGAUUACAUGGAAAAGUUGAUGAUUUCUUGCCAAAAGAGAGCCGGAGCGGUCCAUCAGAUUCACCAUUUCCUGAUCAAGUUACUUCUGGCCGCUAUUCUUUACGGCCGAGGAAAGAGAAAAGAGCUACUAGUGGAAGUAAUCAGUCACAACCGAAAUCUGGACAUGGAUCCGAGUCUAUACAGGAUAAAGAAUCUUCAGACAAUAAUCGCCUUUAUUGUUUUCACAACAAGGACAUCAAGUUCACUCUACCGCGUUGGAAAUUAACUUCAGGUAACAUACAAGACUGGUCUGAAGUUAAGGAUGGAGGUGUCCUCAAGGGCUCCUGGCCUCAGGCUGCCAAAAGGAAUCUUGAAGCCAGGAUGUUCAGUGCAUGCACUGGAAACUUUGGUUCCCCAGAUCAUAUCAUGUCUUUUGAGGCCUGUUAUGAAGAUGGAAGCCCUGUUUCCAACUCAAUAUUUUUGCCCUCAGCCAAUGACAACCUCGAGAAUGUAUUCUGGAACUUGCAUGGUGCAAAGUCUCCUCUGGUGUACCCAAAGCCUGAUUUCCGUUCCUUGUGCUUUAGUCUAACUCGAGAUGAGGGUGAAACUUUGGAAAACUGCACCAGUGCAUUUGAACUCAUGGAAUGUUUGCUUCACUCAAUGCUAGGAUGGUUAGACCUAUACCAACAUGGUUUCUUGCAUAGAGAUAUCAGCAUUGGCAACCUACUCAAAUUAAAAUCAGCAGCAACUUCUUUGCGAAAGGACUUCUCUGCACUCCCCGUUGGUAAUUUGAUUCUUCCGUCUUCGACUAGAGACAUUGGUUCUUUGAACUCUUUUCCCAAACUUCUUGCCGCCGUCAAAAACGACAAGUAUCGCAGAUCGAUUGCCGAUAUUGCUUGCAAAAUCCACGAGCAUGCGGAAGUGCUCACCUCAGGUGCUGGGUGCAAAGCAAUUUGGACAGAUGGGGAUAUGGGUGCGGAUAUGGCAGGAUAUUUUGAAUCGGCACACGAUGGUACUGUCUCGGGGACACCUCAAUUUAUGUCUAUGGGAUUGUUAGAUGCAGAAUUCGACAAUGAGAUUCAGUCCCCUGCUGAUGACAUAGAGUCUUUCUUAUGGGUUGGCCUCUGGUCAAGCCUAAGAAACACAAAGUUUCCACAUACAGCAAAGAAGGAGAUACGAUGGUCCCGGAGAAUUGCUGACGGCUAUGCUUUUCGUGAGACCACAGCAAUUAAUAUUCAGGGGUCUCUGGGUACAAUCAUAAAGGGAGUUCCAGAGCCAUACAGCAAUAUGUUCUGCACAAUGGCUCCUAUUUUGAGUGAGUGGUAUGAUGCAAUACGCCAACUACGAAAGGACUGGAUACUGGACUGGAGCGAGACAAGUCAUGAUGAUUCAAAAGAUGUCAAACUGCUCUUUCACUCUUUUGCCUAUCGCGGAGUCUUGGAUUUUAUUGAAAUUUUCCAGAAGUACAAGGAGGAUUUGGAGAAAACAGUAUUGUAAAUCCAGCAACUAUACACAAGUAGAUAGAAUCAGUCCCAGUGUAAUGAUUCAUGUGGGGAUGCAAUAUAUAUAAUGAUUGUUCUCCAUCGACACAACUUCAAUGCAGCUGCUGCUGCAAUUCGGAAACAAUCCUCGAUGAUGGUUGGAUCUGU